AUGGCGAAAGCGGCCUGUGGUGGAGGGAAGGCCGGGCAGCUGUAUGGGAUUAUUUUUCCCCCUAAACAACCUGAAUUAACUCCUUAUGAGCGAGACUUCAGGUGUUCCCUCAUGGCGGCCGCGCUGCGGGGCUGGGCCCGUCUCCCUCGGGGCACCGGUGGCAUCGCCCUCCGCCGGCUCUGUCCCGCUCCGGGCGGGGUCCCGCUCGGCCCUGCCUCGCUCCCUGAAGAGCCCGGGAGCCAGCGGGGAGGCCUGUACCAGCCGGGUUCAGUGAACGAGAACCAGAGACAGUCAAAUUCGUAUAAUGGAGACCUGAAUGGACUGCUGGUGCCUGAUCCCAUCGUGGCCGGAGAUGGACCUUCUUUGGCUAAGCCAGUGCAUCGCAGCAUUUCUCUGGGAGCCCUGCAGGAGAAGCAAGUUAUCUGUCUUUCCGGUGAUGACAGCUCCACUUGUGUAGUGAUAUCAGCAAAAGAUGUGGAGAUAGUGGCCAGCAGUGAUUCCAGCAUCACCAGUAAGGCCAGAGGGAGUAACAAGGUGAAAAUACAGCCUGUUGCUAGAUAUGACUGGGAGCAGAAAUACUAUUAUGGCAAUCUGAUAGCUGUUUCAAACUCUUACCUGGCUUAUGCCAUUAGAGCUGCCACUAAUGGCUCCGCUAUGGUGCGGGUGUUGAGCGUCAGCGCUGCUGAGCGGACCUUGCUGAAAGGAUUCACAGGUGGUGUGGCAGACCUGGCUUUUGCUCAUCUCAACUCCAACCAGCUGGCAUGCCUGGAUGAGGCCGGCAACCUUUUUGUCUGGCGCCUGGCCAUGGAUAAAGAAAAAAUCCAAGAGGAGAUCUUGGUUAACAUCAAGCGACCUGACAAUACCCCAUUGAACACCUCUCGAAGAAUCAUCUGGUGCCCUUUCAUCCCAGAUGAUAAUGAGGAGAGUGGUGAAGAGGGAAGUCAGACAUUGGCGUUGUUGCAUGAGGACAGGGCAGAGGUGUGGGAUUUGGACAUUAUCCGAACGAACAACAGCUCCUGGCCAGUGGAAGUGCCUAGCAUCAAAGAAGGCUUCAUUGUAGUGAAAGGCCACAGCACGUGCCUGAGUGAGGGAGCACUUUCUCCAGAUGGAACUGUGUUGGCCACAGCAAGUCAUGAUGGUUUUGUCAAAUUCUGGCAGAUCUAUAUUGAGGGGCAAGACGAGCCAAGGUGUCUUCAUGAGUGGAAACCCCAUGAUGGUAGGCCUCUUUCCUGCCUGCUUUUCUGUGACAACCAUAAAAAACAAGACCCAGAGGUUCCGUUCUGGAGAUUUCUCAUCACAGGAGCAGAUCAGAAUAGAGAACUGAAGAUGUGGUGCACUGUGUCGUGGACCUGUCUGCAGACUGUCCGCUUUUCUCCUGAUAUCUUCAGCUCCACGAAUAUUCUUCCCAGCCUGAAAGUUUGCCUGGACCUCUCCGCUGAAUAUCUGAUAUUGAGCGAUGUGCAGAGGAAAGUCUUGUAUGUGAUGGAGCUGAUGCAGAACCAAGAGGAGGGCAAAGCUUACUUCAGCUCCAUCUCCGAGUUCCUCCUUACCCACCCAGUCCUAAGCUUUGGCAUCCAGGCAGUGAGCCGCUGCCGGUUAAGGCACACUGAAGUGCUCCCAGCAGAAGAGGAAAAUGACAACUUGAGUGUAGAAGGUGCUCAGGGAGCCGGGGCUGUUGAAUCAGCAGCAGGCGUGCUAAUAAAACUCUUCUGUGUGCACACCAAGGCCCUACAGGAUGUGCAGAUUAGAUUCCAGCCUCUUCAUAGUCCUGACAUGAGUGCAUCCAUGCCUUCCCAUGGCUCUCAUGAAGAAUUUGCCUUUCCAGACCACAUGGCUGAUCUAAGCACAGAAGGGCUGGGAUCUGAAAAAGGAUCAGUGCAUGGCUCUCAACCAGACCUGCGGCGUAUUGCUGAUCUGCCUGUACCAGCAGACUUUCUGUCUCUCUCAAAUGAUGCCAAACCUAAGCUGAUGACUCCAGAUGCAUUCAUGACACCAAGUACAUCUCUUCAGCAGGUUUCUGCUGCCCCUUCUUGCAGCUCACUCUUCAGUUUAAACAGUAUAGCUGUAUCUCCAGGCAGCAGUGUCAGUUCCCUGACUGCAGUCACAGCCAUGAGUAGCACUUCUGUCACGGAUGCCUCUAUGCCCAGGGCGUCGGAAGACCUGACUGUGAGCCCCAAGAUGCAGCUGGAUACCAGCCUUACGCUGAGUAGCAGCAGCAGCAGUCUCCAGACUAGUCCUAGGAGCCAUUCAGUUCUUAUCCCAGGCCUCUCUGACAAACUAACACCAAAGGCACCUGUUCCAGUCACACCAGGAAACCCCUCCCUAGCACUGGAACUGCAGGAGGUGGAGCCCUUGGUGGUGCCCCAGGCUUCUCCCACCCGUGAGCGCUCGCCAGAUGUCAUUUCCUCUGCUUCCACAGCCAUGUCCCAAGAUAUCCCAGAGAUUGCUUCCGAAACCUUGCAACGUAGCUUUGCGGCAGCUCCAUCAGGGCUACCUACGGAGGUGCUGGAGCCCAGUCAUCAUGCAGACAGUAUGGCAUCCGCUGCCUCAGCCUUGCAUUUGCUGUCUCCAAGGAACCGGCACAAUUCAGAGCACAGCCACCACUCUUUGGACAUGCCUCCAGUGGAGGUGGACAGACUGAAUGCUCCAUCAUUACUGGAGACUGCUUUAACUCAGGAAAAUGCAUCUUCUGACAGUGUUGUGAGUCAGCCAUGGCCAGCAGCUCCUGACAUAACCAGAGAAACCAGGAACAGCAUGGCAGACAGCCCAAGGGACGAGGUUGAAGAAAAGCACAAGAGCUCUUCGUAUCAUCGACACAGCUACCACCUGCUGCAGCAUGACAGCCAGGAUGCUAGUGCAGAACAAAGUGACCAUGAUGAUGAAGUUGCAAGCUUGGCUUCUACAUCAGGUGGAUUUGGUGCCAAAGCGUCUACGCAGAGGCUGCCUGUGAAGGACUGGAAAGCCAAGGCAUCCCCUCGGGCUUCCCCAAAGCUAAAGCGGAAGGGCAAGAAAGAUGACGGGGAUGUGAACCAGUCGCCAAGAUCAUCUAACAACCAGGUGACACCAGAAUUUCAGGAUGAGCUGAUGUGCAUAUUGAGGAGCCAACAGCGGGAGCUCUCCGAGCUGCGUCAGAACCAGAUGGAGCUGCUGCAGAGACUCACGGAUCAUCUUGAUGCCAUUCAGAGCUCCCUUAUGGGCCACGUGGAGAGGGUGAUUGACUCGCAGCAGGAGCAGGAGCAGAGAAGACUAGACCGAGCACUGACAGAAGGACAGCAGCGCAAUGGGCAGCUCCAGGAGCAUCUUUCUCAGCAGCUCACUCAGUCCCUUUCCACUGCUGUGUGUAACCGUCUGGAGAGGACCAUUCGUGAGGAGAUGAAGAAGACCAUACCCCAGUGCAUUUCCAAGAGCAUGGACCCUAUUGCUGGUCAGUUAAGUAAUACUAUUGCUGCCAAGCUCACUGCUGUUGAGGGAACACUGAAAGAGAGUAUCACCAAGCUAGUGAAAUCAAAGAACCUUACAGAUACCGUUGUGAGGGCAACGGCUGAUACCCUGCAGGGGCCGAUCCAGUCAGCUUACAGGGAAGCGUUUCAGAGUGUCGUGUUGCCAGCUUUUGAGAAGAGCUGCCAGUCCAUGUUCCAGCAAAUCAAUGACACCUUCAAGCAGGGCACACAGGAAUAUAUCCAGCAGCUUGAGACUCACUUGAAGAACAAGAAGGUACGAGAACAGGAGGCCCGGGACCCGCUGCUGAAUCAGCUUCGACAGCUCAUCAGCACCUUUCAGAGCACCACUGAGCAGCUGGCUUCUACUGUUGCAGCCAGUGUCCAUGCUGAGGUGCAGCAUCAGCUGCAUAUUAUCGUGAGCAACAUGCAGGAGUCUAUUUUGGCCCAGGUGCAGAGAGUCAUCAAAGGAGAAGUGAGCCUGGCUAUGAAGGAGCAGCAAGCAGCUGUCACCUCGAGCAUCGUCCAGGCAAUGCGCUCGGCAGCCGGGACUCCGAUCCCCUCUGCUCACUUGGAUUUCCAGUCUCAGCAAACUCACAUCCUUCAGCUGCUCCAGCAGGGACACCUCAACCAAGCUUUCCAGCAGGCUCUAACAGCAGCUGAUCUCAACCUGGUCCUGUAUGUCUGUGAGACUGUGGAUACUCAGCAAGUAUUCGGACAGCAUCCGUGCCCGCUGUCCCAGCCUGUGCUGCUCUCUCUCAUUCAGCAGCUCUCCUCGGAUUUGGGUACUCGUACGGAACUGAAGUUGAAUUACUUGGAGGAAGCGGUGAUGCACCUGGACCACAGCGACCCCAUCACCCGAGACCACAUGGGGUCAGUCAUGAACCAGGUGCGGCAGAAGCUCUUCCAGUUCCUCCAGGUGGAACCCCACAACACACUGAGCAAGCCUGCCCGUCGCCUCAUGAUCAUGCUCCAGGGCCUGGUCACCCCCGGCAUGACCUAGGAGGACCUGGCUGUCUUGUGGGCUGCUCCGUGGAAGUCCACCCAGCAGAUCCAGUAGUUACUAACCACGUAUGGCUUGUGUUAAGAGCUCUUGCCAGGAAAUCUA